AUGGAUUUCCAGCAUUUUGCGCCGCAGAUCGACAAGAUUCCCAAGCUGAAGCCGAAACAAGUCGCGUCCAUUGCCUUUUGGAAUACCGUCCGCGAGAACUUUACCAUUUCCACAUGGAUCGCCAUGGGUGCCGUUGCCCAGGGCCUCCUGCUUCUCUUCGCCCGACCUACCUUUGCCGUCGCCCCAGCCGCUGUCUUUUUGCUCUUCCGAUUCUCGCGCACGAUGCUCAUGCAUUGGGGCUUUAUCCCCAACACGCAGAUGCAGGACGUUCUCAUGGGCAAAUACACCGUGCAAGUUCCAAACGAGGACGGCAGCCCGCCGAGUGAGGUGGCCGACAAGGGCGUUGCGGUUAUUAUGCUGGGCGUGAGGAACAACCAUGCGCUGGGGAUGUUUGGAUCAGGCGCCAAGGAGAUAUCCCAAUUCUUCACAGCGAUGAUGCGGAAUCUGCACGACGACAAGGAGAGCGGCUUCCUCGGUGCCUCCUAUUACAGAAGUGCCAAUGAGAGAUUAACAUCCAACGGCUUCAUGACGUGCUGCUACUUCCGCAGCGUCGAGGACAUUCAUCGAUUCGCCCACUCUCCGGUCCAUCGCGAGGGCUGGAACUGGUGGAACAAAAUCACCGACACGCAUCCGCAUCUGAGCAUCAUGCACGAGAUAUACGACGCGCCGAAGAAGCAGUGGGAGAAUAUCUUUAUCAACUUCCACCUCACAGGCAUUGGGAAAAUGGCGAGGCCGGUCACCGUCAACGGACGAGAAUACACGCCCAUUGCGAACGCUGCUAGAGGUCCUUUGAGCACGCACAAGGGACGCUUGGGCAAGCUAGGACAAGGCAGCCUUGAGAAGGAAUACCUGGCUCAUGCCUAUUAG